UUAGGGCAUGUAUACCACAGUGCUCAAAAGCGGUCUCGCUCUCUCUAUCAAAAAUCCUACCCUCUCCAUUGCACCGUGAAUCUCUUUCCCACACUGUCGCCGGCGCCGAUCUCUGUCAUCAUCUCCGGUGAGGAAUUUAAUGAAUCUUUGAGACAUUAUCAACCAGUGCUCAGUUGGACAUACAUCAAAGCUAGGGUCUCUUGUCCUUUUUGAGGUUGACAUUUGUUCUGUUUACAAUGGACAUGGACUGGUCAGAACCGAAGCCCGAAAGAAGUGAUGAACUUAGAGAUCGAGAUGACUCUCCAACAAGAGACUACCACGAUGGAGCGUAUGAUGAUUUGGAGGAAAAUGGCAUUGAAAAAUCAAGCAAGCAUCGGAGCAAGGAUAGGAAAAAGAGCCGAAGAGAAGAGAAGGAUCAUAGAGGUAAAGACCGAGAACGAUCCAAAGCUGGUGAUGGUUUGAAGGAGAGAGAGAAAGAGACUAAAGAUUUGGAAAAAGAUCGGGUAACAAGUAGAGAACGAAGGAAGGAAGAUAGAGAUGAACGUGAGAAGGAUAGGAAUAGGGACAAAGUAAGGGAGAAGGAUUAUGAUAGGGAGAAAUAUAGAGAUAAAGAGCGUGAAAGGGAUAAAGAUCGGAAAGAUCGAGGAAAGGAAAAGGAGCGUGAGAGAGAGAGAGAGGUGGAUAAGGAGAGCGACCGAGGGCGAGAUAAAGAGAGAGGAAAAGAGAAGAAUAGGGAUAGGAAUAAAGAAAGGGAAAAAGAAAGGGACAUGGCAAAGGACAGAGACAGGGAAAAGGAGAAGGAGAAAAGUAAAGAUAGAGAAAAAGAGAGGGAAAAUGACAAGGACAGAGACAGGGAUGCAAUUGACAAAGAGAAGGGAAAAGAGAGAAUAAGGGAUAAGGAGAGGGAGGCAGACCAAGAUAGGGAUAGGUAUAAGGAUAGAGACAAAGGGAGUCGGAAGAAUCGUGACGAAGGUCAUGAUAGAAGCAAGGAUGGGGGUGCUUUAGGACCACAGUCUUCAACAGCAGGGCUCCAGGAACGCAUUUUGAGAAUGAAAGAAGAAAGAGUAAAGAGAAAAUCUGAAGGCAGUUCUGAGGUCUUGGCAUGGGUUAAUAGGAGCCGCAAGGUUGAGGAACAGAGGAAUGCUGAAAAGGAGAAAGCCUUGCAGCUUUCAAAGAUUUUUGAGGAGCAGGACAAUAUUGAUCAAGGAGAAAGUGAUGAUGAGAAGCCAACCCGGCAUAGUUCGCAAGAUCUAGCAGGGGUUAAAGUUCUUCACGGCCUUGACAAAGUAAUUGAAGGUGGGGCAGUUGUCUUGACACUCAAAGAUCAGGACAUACUUGCUAAUGGUGACAUUAAUGAAGAUGUUGAUAUGCUUGAAAAUGUGGAGAUUGGAGAGCAGAAGCGACGUGAUGAGGCUUACAAGGCUGCCAAAAAGAAAACAGGGAUUUAUGAAGAUAAGUUUAAUGAUGAACCUGGUUCAGAAAAGAAAAUACUUCCACAGUAUGAUGAUCCUGUUACAGAUGAGGGGCUAGCUCUGGAUGCAAGUGGGCGCUUCACUGGUGAAGCAGAGAAGAAACUGGAAGAGCUCCGUAGAAGACUCCAGGGUGUUUCCACAAACAACCGCUUUGAAGAUCUUAAUUCAUAUGGGAAAAACUCCUCAGAUUACUAUACUCAUGAAGAAAUGCUCCAAUUUAAAAAGCCUAAAAAGAAAAAAUCCUUAAGGAAAAAAGAGAAGCUAAAUAUUGAUGCCCUUGAAGCAGAAGCAGUCUCUGCAGGGUUGGGUGUUGGGGAUCUUGGCUCUAGGAAUGAUGGGAAGAGGCAGUCCAUCAGAGAGGAGCAAGAAAGGUCUGAGGCUGAAAUGAGAAAUAGUGCAUACCAGUUAGCAUAUGCAAAAGCGGAUGAGGCAUCUAAAGCACUCCGACUGGAUCAAACUCUUCCUGUUCAAUUGGAGGAAAAUGAAAAUCAGGUUUUUGGAGAGGAUGAUGAAGAGCUUCAAAAAUCAUUGCAAAGAGCAAGGAAAUUAGUACUUCAAAAGCAAGAUGAGGCAGCAACCUCUGGUCCUCAGGCAAUUGCACUUCUUGCCUCCACUACUACCAGCGGUCAGAAUGUGGACAAUCAAAACCCCAUUUCCGGAGAAUCACAAGAAAGCAGAGUUGUAUUCACAGAGAUGGAAGAAUUUGUUUGGGGUCUUCAGCUUGAGGACGAAGCCCAUAAGCCUGAUGGUGAAGAUGUUUUCAUGGAUGAAGAUGAAGCACCAAAAGCUUGUGAUCAAGAAAGGAAGGAUGAGGCUGGUGGUUGGACAGAGGUAAAAGAUACUGAUAAAGAUGAACUUCCUGUUAAUGAGAACAAAGAGGAGAUGGUCCCUGAUGACACUAUUCAUGAAGUGGCAGUUGGGAAAGGAUUAUCAGGUGCACUUCAGCUGCUUAAAGAGCGAGGAACACUUAAAGAAGGUAUUGAAUGGGGUGGGAGAAACAUGGACAAGAAAAAGAGCAAGCUUGUGGGCAUCUAUGAUAACACUGGAACCAAGGAAAUACGUAUUGAGAGGACAGAUGAGUUUGGGCGGAUUAUGACCCCCAAGGAAGCCUUUCGGAUGAUUUCUCAUAAAUUUCAUGGGAAAGGGCCCGGCAAAAUGAAGCAAGAAAAGCGCAUGAAGCAAUACCAGGAAGAAUUGAAGUUGAAGCAAAUGAAGAAUUCAGACACCCCAUCACAGUCUGUUGAGCGGAUGAGGGAAGCUCAAGCUCGGUUGAAGACACCCUAUCUUGUUCUUAGUGGGCAUGUUAAACCAGGCCAAACUAGUGAUCCCAGAAGUGGUUUUGCUACAGUUGAGAAGGAUGUCCCUGGGAGCUUAACACCCAUGCUUGGUGAUAGAAAGGUUGAGCAUUUCUUGGGGAUAAAACGCAAGGCUGAACCAAGCAACAUGGGCCCACCAAAGAAACCAAAAACCUGAAGUUGCAUCCCCGCCGCAUUACAGGAGUUGAUAGAAGUAGCCGUGAGCUCUGAGGCAUUCUGUCUUGAAGAGAGAUCGGCUGCUGCUAGCAUUCUUAACAGUUCAUCUUUGCCCUUAAACUGCAGUGAGUGAUUGGACAGUGCAAGUGGCUGAUCUUGUUUCUUCUGGGAGCGCACUGACCAUAUUUUUCUGCCAUUUGUCCCUCUAAAGAAAGUCCAUAGUGGACAAGACUAUGGCUUUAUAUUAGGCUGAGGUUGAGAGUGUUAUGCAGUACUUCCGUUUUAUGCACAUGUUCCCCUUCAUGUUAAUCUAAGCGUUCUACAUCUGAAAAUUCAGAAGGGAAAAAACCCUCCGAAAAACCACAAAGCCAAUAUCUCUCUCAUAUACUGCUUUUCCCAUUCUCUCCCAUUCUCAAUCUCAGAAACCCAAAAUGCUGUAAAACCUAACCUCUUUCAUUUCUGUAACAUUCUCGUCUCCCAUUUUGUUGAUAAACAUCAACAGCCCAAAACCUAACGUUCCCAAAAAAAAAAAGUUGUAAUGCUGCGGAGGAAAAGAAUUUAUCAGGUGGAUGUGUUGGUAAAUGAGAAACGAAUCAGAAGGAAGAGACACGGGACUACGGGAGGAAACCGGGAAAGGUGAUAUCCUUUUUGUUCCCAAAUUACUUGAUCCAGAAACCCUAAUUUCUGAAACGAAGAUCAGAUCCGGGGAAAAUUGGUGAUCGGAAUCAAUGGUGGGUGCAUCGAGCUCAUGGUCUCGCGCACUGGUUCAGAUCUCACCUUACACCUUCUCCGCCAUCGGCGUUUCCGUCUUGGGUGCCGCUUGGGAAUUUAUAUAACUGGAAGUAGUUUAAUUGGUGUUGCCAUCAAAGCUCUUCGGAUUACUUCAAAAAAUCUGAUCAGGAGAACAGAAAAUGAAUAAACUUCCAGCUAUCAAAUUGACUAGUGAACAAAAAGGUUUCAGCUAACAAAUUGAAACAACAGGCGGUCAAGGCUUCCUGCGAACAUGAAAGGCAAAAAUAUGUUGAAACUUCUCAAUCAAUACCUUCUUAUUCUUGCCCAAAUGGGGGUAUUAUUUCUUCUCAUUAUUUUCCUUGUUAAUUUGGUUACAAUUGAAGUGCAUUGCAUUAGCAUUGAGUCCAUAGUUUUGAUUCUUAUUCCAUUGGUUUUGAACUUUGAAGUUUAUUUAGACAGUGUAACUUGUCCAAAAGAAAAACAGUGGAAAGUUCAAAAUUCUGAACCAUGUUUACUUCAUCCUGGAGAUCCUCCUAGAAGACUAAUUUUCACCCAAAUGAUUAGAUGUUGUCAAAUAUUAUUUGACUAUGUGGCUUAUUUCUACAGGUGCGGCCUUAUAAACUGUGGAUUGAAAUGGAAAAUAUUGAGAAAGGGAUUGUAGAAAUCAUUGCUCAGAAUAAUAUAAAAUGGCUUGUUACGGGAGCUGUAGCAGAUAAAUAUUAUUCAAAGUAUUAACCAUCUAUUACAAGUUCUUAUUGUUGACUGCAUUGAUUUAUUUGAUAUUGUUGUAGAAUUACUUGAGGCUUCCACCUUAGGCAUUUGGGAUAAAAGUUUUGUUGAAUUUAGUGGAAUUUAUUGAAGCUUCUACAAGAAUUAUCCAAUAUUAGUGCACAAGUAUUGUUGCUCUGUAGGAGGCGUCUUGAUGUAGCCUAGUCGGUUAUAAAUUGCUAUGAAGAUUAACCCAAUUUUAAGUCAUAAAAGAUCAGCUCCUUGUAGUGCUAUACUUUUCUUUUUAGCAUUUUAGGAAUUAAAUUGGCAGACAUAUCUUUUCAAUAUAUUUCUCAGGCAGUUGAUAAAGUUGGGUUAUUUCUUUUGUGUUAGAAUCAAUGUUGCUCUGGCGCGCUUCAAAAUAUGUGAUACAUGUAGAGGGUUAUGGAUUGUGAGCUAUCAAUGGGAGCAUCCAUCAAAGAAAAGAGGAACACAUUCCUAGUAUACAGGAAGUUCCACAGUAUACUUUCUUAAUUUGUUCCUCUUUUGAAUGAUAUCUCAAAACAAGCAAAGCACUCACAUUGCAUAUGCUAUGUUGUUUUAACAAAUCA